AUGCCUAUCUUCGAGAGCUUACCCCUAGAGAUCCUGCAACAUAUCUGCAAUGACGUUGCAGCAGACUGCAAAUUAGACUUAUACAACUACUCACUUGUUAGUAGGCGCUGCUGUCUCGCGUCAAACCCUCAGCGAUUUCAAACAAUUCGUUUCCCAGACCUCACGAACUUAAGUGACCGCCUUGCUUGCUGGAAUGAUGUCCUACAGGCUAGAUCGAGCUUUACAUAUGUCCGCUGGCUUAUAGUUGGAGGCUUCUUACCUUUUGGUAGCGAUAGCAGAAAUGAAAAGCUGAUAUCCACAACCGAAGAUGACCUCGAAGACUACGAUGCUGGUACCAUUGUGGGUGGACCUUACUAUGGAAGGCUUUCCGAUGAAAAAGAUGAUGACUGGAAACCUCUAUCUCGCUUUAUAAUGCACCUCCCGAGGCUUCUCAACUUCGUCUAUUCUGCUAUUGGUAUAUUCCCCCCUUGCCUGAUGGAUGCAUUACGCUCUAUACCAAACUGUAGACUUCACCUUCACAGCUUUGGACUGGGAAGCCUGGUGCAGCCACCAGAUCAGCCGCAGGACAUAGAUCCCUACGAAUAUUCUCUCGCUACCUGCCCUCAGUUAUACUGCGUGAUUCUGCAACAUUCGUUGUAUACCACGGAGGGCCUGAGAAACUACAACUAUGAAGCUACUCAGUUGAUGGCUGCAGGAUUAGCCCCAAAUCUCAAACGAGUACGGUUAAUUAUCCGUCGUCCAGGCUCGAGCCCAGAAUAUGUCGCGGCUCUUCGCCAGCCGUGGGCUCCAUGGCAAGGAUUCUUUCCGAGUCGCCCUCAGCAGCCUUUGCAGCCUGGACAUCUUAAUGCCCUAGGUUUUGGGGCAAGCCAGGUCACGGAUAUCAGAGAAUGGAGUAAAUAUAUUACAUUCUCGUCACUACGCACCUUAAAAUGGGAUGCUGAGGGUGUUUCAACUGAGAUGUUUAGAUGGCUGAGCACCUGCAACUUUAGCUCCCUAAAAACGCUUGUCUUGAAUCUCGAAGGCUUCCGGAUUGAAUAUGAACAGAUGGAUAAAGUAGCGGGCGCCUUGCUAUUGAAUCUACCUCCCCUCCAUUCGCUCAAAUUAACAGGAGUCUUUGGCCAGCAGACAUUCCAGGCUGUCUUAGGUCACCAUACGCUUUAUCAGCUAUGGCUAUCGUCUCCACCGGACACCGAUGCUGAGCAGUUGGUUAUAACGGCUAAAAGAGUUAGUGAGCUUGCUAAAUGUUGUGCACGUCUAGAGGAAUUAACGCUACUAGUUCCACGUUCUCAAGGUAGUAAGGAAAAAGUCCUCAUUUAUCGGUUACUUGGUUCUCUCCCGGGUUUAAGGAAUCUUACCCUAUACCUCGACUGUACGGAUCUCACCGCUUAUAACCUAUCCGACAGCGAGUUAGACGAAGAAGAAGAUGAUGUUCUAUUCCCGAAGUUGGAUAAGGGCCUAGUACGAAAGAGGCUCAUCAAUGCCGCAGUCGAUGAACCGCUCGCUCUCGCUAUAUACCGAGAAAUUAUCCAAGGUAAGCCCCGGAAUAUGCCUACCUUGCAAUGUGUAAAGCUACAUGUUAGUGGAGCCUAUGAGCUUGCGAGUACUCGUGGCCACCUGGGACUAUCAAGCAUUAUCGACGUUAUUGGCCGCAGUUGGGAGAUUAGCAGAAACCCGACUAGAAGAGAUGACUGUGAUGAUGUAGUCGUGCAGGAAGUUGGUCGGCAAGAGAGAGAAGAAAGGAUCAAAGUAUGGUCAGAGUGGAACGGGUCUGACAUACUUGAAGAGCUGGUGUUUCGAGAGAUUUGGCCCGAGGAGACUGGAGAUUGGAAAACGGACUGGCACAGUUUCCCUCUCAUGUCGAAUUAG